AUGGAUAUUGUUGAUUUAUAUGAACUAUAUAGGGAAAAAGAAAUGGAACAAUUUGACAAUUAUAGAAUUGUUGCAUAUAUAUUUGGAAUAAUUAUUUUUCUAAGUAAUGUGACUGUUGUUAUAUCAAGUGGUCUCAUUUUAAAGAAAGGACAACAACCAAAGAGCACCUACUUAUUGCUUGGCAACGUAUCCCUAGCAGACACAAUUGUCGGCUUAUCGAUGAUGUGCGGAGUGAGCCUAGACCCACUGAUGACUUCCGAUCCAUUGUGUAUAUUUCAAAUUGGUAUGAUCGUGUGUCCAGCAAUGGUUUCGAUAUUCAGCGUCGGACUCAUAGCUGUCGACCGGUAUAUCUACAUCCUACACGGACUAUAUUACCAACGGUGGUUUAACACCACAAAAGUUAGAAUUGGAAUCCUUUGUAUUUGGGUCAUUGGUAUCACGCUAGGAUUUUUACCAAUUACCGGGUGGGUGAACACUGAACUCAGACAUUCUCGCUGUUUCUACAUCGUUUUAUUCCCUGGGGGACUAAUACUUGUCAACUCUCUGCUAAGUAUAAUCCCCAUUAUUCUAGUCGGCGUCCUGUACUCAAUCAUUUUGGUAAAAGCUUUAAAAAAUGUCAAAAAAAUAAAGGACACUAUUAAAAUAGUCGACUCAAAGAAUAACAAAUUGUCAGAAAUGAGAAUCAACAGAGGAAAUGUCAAUUUAAAAAAGUCUGCUCAAUCAGUAAAGAUGCCUUGUACAGUUAAAACCAUCAAACUUAGAAGAAGCGUAUCAUUCAACGGCAGUUUAAGUAGUAAUUUAAAUAAUUCAAAACAAUUUAGUAAACUAGGCUAUAAAUCCAAAAGUAUUGAUGGCCUCGAUAUAAACAAGUUAGCGCACAAUAAUGUUCUAACGUUUUUAAAAAACAAUGAUAGUCCACAAGAUUAUGAAUCUAAUUUCAGUAUUCAAUCCAUAAAUUCAUUUCAAACAGAUCAAAGUAUUUCCACGUCGAAUAUAAAUUCCCCUAAAAGAUACACUACACGAAACCUGGAAAAUAAAAAGUAUAGAAAUAAAUCAAGAGUGAAAGAACCCAAUAAGUGGCGCGCUAUAAUUAUUGUGAUGUUAACAUCUGGCAGUUUUAUAUUCACUUGGAUGCCUUUCUUUAUUACUGCAAUAUUUUUUGUUUUCUGUCAGGAGAAACUCACAAAUCCGAAAUGUAUGCAUCUAAGAAUGAUGCUUAGCGGACCGAUAGCCACCUUGGCAUUUCUUAAUAGUAUCCUAAAUCCUUUGAUUUACGCUUGGUGGCAUAAGGGGUUCCAAAGAUCAAUCAGAACGUACUUUCGCAAAAAUCUACAAAUAUUUUUUCGAAAAGAUAUAUUAAAAUAGCCUGUCUAAUCAAGGUUUCAGUAAAUUUGCUCUCUGUGUAAUAAAAAAAAAUUGUAUCAAUGUAAUAAUUGUUAAUAUAUUGCAACUUUUGAUUUUA